AUGGCCACUCAUCCUUUACUUGAAUGUCAUGCUGAUGUAUUAUCUAAUAGAGAACAUCCGUCAUCACUACUUUGCCUUGUUAUAUCACGUACAUGUCAACAUGUUUUACAAACAGAAGAUGAAGCAAGUAAAAUCACAUAUCGAACUGCUGUGGUACCAUGUAAGUUACUUCAUAAACGUAUAGCGAGAAUAUGUAUUCUCGUAAAAUGUCCGGCUGAUUAUUAUUUGCACCCACAUCGCAUUGCUGCUGAUGGUCAUGAUAUGUUUACUGUAUCGGAUCGUCUUCAAGACAUGGUGGGAAAAGUCCAAAUAAAAUUAUAA